GUCGAUCUCUGGCAGAGCUGGGCAGCUUUAGGGAGCAGCUUUGUAAUGACCAAAUUUGGCUCUACAGCGAUCGCUAUCAACUGGGGAGAGUCGGGGGUUAGACUGGCACAGGCGCUAGCUAGGGGUCUGUCGGGGCUGUGCAGGAGCCGGGCUGGAAGGUUGGCCUGGAGUUGGAGGACAGCAGUGCACAGGGGAGAGCGGUGUGGGGUGGGCCCUCCAGCCGUGCUGUCCACACGAUCUGUUUAAUUUGAAAGUUAUUAAACUUGAGCCAGUGAAGAAUUCAGUGCCUCAGUGGUAGUAGCAGCCCCCUUUCAGGUGCUUGGUAGCGCUGUGGUCAGUGCCUGGUGUAUCAUGUAGCCUGGAGAAACCAUGUCCGACCUUGCUCGACGUUCUACCCCAUGCACGGGGCUUCACGGUAUCGAGAACCUUCCAUGUGAACUGCAGAGGAACUUCCAGCUCAUGCGAGAGCUGGACCAGAGGACAGAAGAUAAGAAAGCAGAGAUCGACAUCUUGGCCGCGGAGUAUAUCUCCACCGUGAAGACGCUGUCCCCAGACCAGCGCGUGGAGCACCUGCAGAAGAUCCAGAGCGCCUACAGCAAGUGUAAGGAGUACAGCGACGAUAAGGUGCAGCUGGCCAUGCAGACCUACGAGAUGGUGGAUAAACACAUCCGCAGGCUCGACGCGGACCUGGCGCGCUUCGAGGCCGACCUGAAGGACAAGAUGGAGGGCAGCGACUUUGAAAGCUCUGGAGGACGAGGGUUAAAAAAAGGUCGGGGUCAGAAAGAGAAAAGAGGCUCCCGAGGUCGUGGCAGGAGGACCUCAGAAGAAGACACUCCAAAGAAAAAGAAGCAUAAAGGAGGGUCUGAGUUCACUGACACCAUCCUGUCCGUGCACCCGUCUGACGUGCUGGACAUGCCUGUGGACCCAAAUGAGCCCACCUACUGCCUGUGCCACCAGGUGUCCUACGGGGAGAUGAUAGGCUGCGACAACCCGGACUGUCCUAUCGAGUGGUUUCACUUCGCCUGCGUGGAUCUGACCACGAAACCCAAAGGAAAAUGAAUCACAAAGUGUUCAGGCUUCCUCCCUGUUAAGUUCUGUCCCCGGUGCGUUCAGGAGAGGAGGAAGAAGAAGUAAGGCUGGUGCCCGGAUGAGAAGAGCGAGUUAAUAUAUUCCUUCCUUCGUGUUGCAAUAUUUUCUCUUCAUUUUAAAACUACCUUGUUUUGAAUGAUAUUUAAUGACUCAGCGGCCAGUUGUAAUUCUGAACAUUUCCUAAGACAAACAAGAAUCCACCUGAGCCCUGUUUGCAUGAGGAGCGAUCUUAUGGGGACUUGCCACAGUGACUUCAUUCUCGAGACUUCUCGUACGGGCCCCGGCCCCGAGCGUGGCAGGUCCACCGAGUGGCCAAGCCUUCUGUGGGCGGCUGCACGGGGGCCCUUCCUGCCCGCCGCACUGCCGUCGCUCUGCAGCUGGGGUAUGAGCCCGUGUGGUCCGACUGUCCCCGGGCGCCACUGUAAGCACGUCUGUCCCCGCCGAGGCGCGUGUGCGUGGAAGCUGGCGAGGCGUCGCUGGAAGGCGUCCUCUGUGUCUCGGUGACCUGCCUGGGACGGGUGGGGGCGUCCCCGGAGCAGGAGGGCCCACUCGCCGUGCACUGCCUUUUCGUCUGGGCUCCCACUUCCCUCCGUGAGGGCUUUCCCUUCUGGAGUGAGCAGCUCUGCAUCAGCAGACGGGCUGGCCUCCCCGGGAGCAGCCCGAAGACGCCUGUCAGACGGCUGCUGUGCCGUGUCUCCGGGACUCCUGGUGUUUUUACUGUGAAGCUGAGAUUAUCUAACAGCUCUGUGUGUACACGAGGCGAGCUGCGUCUGCCACGGGCGGAGUUUGAACCUGCCGUGUUGCACACUGGUAAGCGGCUCACGCCCGAGGGGACCACAGUUCUGUGAGGCUACCCGGAGUCCCUGUGCCGCGGCGGUUCUGGAGUGAGGCCGGGAAACGGGAGCGCUUUUCCCUGAACUCUGCCAGACCAGCUGCAAACCGUCGUGUUGGUAGUCGGUGGGGGAGGAGCGUACCUGUGGUGGUGCGCGGUGUGACUUCUGGGAGCUUCCGUGCACCCCGAGACCCCCUAGCACCCACUCAGAAGAGCCCGUCUCUGUCCUGGAGGCGUGAGAAGAAACGCAGGAGGCAGAGUGGAGACGGGACAUUCCCAGGUGAACGAGGGUCUCCUCUUUACAAGGAGGCCUUCUGGAACGCCGCCCUGCUUCCUCUGAUGGCCUGUUUACCUCACGUGUCCCCCUGUUUUCUAGUAUUUCAGCCGGGACAGGAGAUGCUGCAGAGAGAGCCUCGGGCCGCCGUGUCGUGCACGGGCUGCUUCCCGCCAGCUCAGCUCGUCCUCGGUCUGUGAGCUCUGAGUGUUAGCCUCGCAGCGAGGGUCCAGCCGGGACCUGCGUCGUGCUCUCGGCGGGUCAGCCUGCAACCGACGUGCCGAGACCGGGGCUCGCUUCCAGGUGACUGCAGGUGGGGUUGGUUCGGCGCAUGCGCCCCGGGCUGCGUGGUUAGGGUAGGGGGUCCCCGGGCCUUCCAGACUUUCCCGGAACCUGUGCCUCCCUGCUGCUCCGAGAGCAAGGGCGGGGGCUUCAGGAUGAGCACCGGCCGGCACGAGCCCCUCAGUCUCCGCUGCAGCCAAAACUGCAGCGCGUCUGUAUUUAGGAACUUAGCUUUUUGUUAACACAGGUGUUUAAAGAUCGUGGGGAAUAAAUUGUGGGAAAUUGUUUGCUUCACUCUUUUACCAGUGUUUGUGGAGAGGGUAGGUAAGUACAGUGAGUGUGUGAUGACUUUCUGGAAGCUAGUUUAAUAUUUGCACUGCCUCUCAGAACACUUGCGGCCGUUGCCAUCACGGGACGGCGGGUGAUGACGGAUGCAGGUGGAUGGCGGGUCUGGCUCGCCCGUCGCCUGCUCUCUGGGGCCUCGAGCACAUCACGGGAGAGACGGCCGACUGUGUGCGGAGCUCGUGUGCAGUCGGACGGUGUCUCUGCUGUCACUGUGUCACAGCCCGGUGCCGACCACUUCUUUUCCGGUUUCCGUGCCUCUCUGUUUCUGGUGUUCACUGUUGUCAGUUAUGUUAGUACCUCCAAAACAACGUGUUUAGCUCUGGAGAAAACGGAAGAUGUGAGCGGAAUAGAAAGAUUGCCUGGAAUGCUGUUUGGGUCGAGACCGAUCAGUUGCCCUUCCCAGCCGUGCACACCGUCUGCAAGUCAGGAGGACACUCAAGAGUGGCGCUUGGCUUCGGGAAGAAUGUUCUGCCACCCCGCCUGGCCCUGGCCCUGGCCCUGGCCCUGGCCUUGCAGGGAUGGCUGGCGCCCACGCAGCAGCUGAGCACUGCUCCGGGGGAGCCAGCCGCCCACUGUCGUCUGGGGGUGAUUCCCACCAGACCCCCAUCUGCCGGCCAGGUGCCGGAUUGGACCCAGACGGGGCUGCAGAGCCCUGUUCCUUGGGUUGAGGGGGGUGUGGGCUGGGCCCAGUGGUCCCUCUCGCAGCUGUAUCUGAGCCAAGGGUGCGGGCCCUCCACGGCUGUGGGGUUCGUGUGUGAGGGAAGGAGUACCUUAUUCAGAGGAGAACCUGCACGUCCCUCGUUGUUAGUGCUAGGUUAUCAGUCAGCAGCUCGACAGACAGCCUCUUGUUUUCCCACAGGAGGACACUGGCUGCACUUAUAACCUGAACUGCCCCUCCCCCAGUCUAUGGCCGUGCCAGGGGAGCUGCUGGCUGGGGUGACUGUCCCCAUCGUGCAGGCUGGGGUCCCUGGGCAAGUGGAUAUGAAAUGGGACUGGCCAGGGUCACAGGAGCCUGGUGGCUUCGAGUCUGCCCAGGGCAGCAAAUGCUGAAGACACAGCCAUGUGCACAGUGAUGCUGGGGGCUUGGCGGGAUGCAUGGGGACACCGGGCAGCUGGGUGCCAGUCCUGUCCCAGGCACCCGCAUGGCACUCUGCCUUCUGACUUGUGGCUGGCGGCUGUGCCCAGAGACGGCCCCCAGCACGAACACUGUCCGAAGAGCAGCUCCCCCGUGUGGCCGGAGCCGGGAUCCAGACACUUAACCAUGGGCCUUGGAGACUGCAGGUUUUCCUCAAUUGCUAGUGAGCCGUGGCUGGUCCUCAAUACCUGUGCUGAGAGGAGUUUUAAAACAGGAAGCCUAAGAAAAUCGUUCUCACGCAGGAGAGGAGUCUAUGAAGUUUCUUUCUUUCUACCCAUGUAUUUUAUGGGGUUCACUUUGACCACAUUUCAUCCAAAAAGAUGACACAGCUUUAACAUGAAUGUUACGUUUUAUUUUCAAGGAAUUAUCUAUGUUCCCUUUGUAAAGGAAAGAUGAUAUUGUAAAUCUUUUUAUUAAAUAAUGUAAAGAUGUAUAUCUGUAUUUUUGGAUCAUGUUAUAGAUUAUGGAUAUAUUGUUUAAUAAAUAAAGUAUUUUUUGGAACAAA